AUGGGAGCUGCCUUGGCUUCGUUCACAAUUUCAUUAAAUUGUCUUGUAGAUAAAAACCUAGAGAACGCGGAGGAAGCAGCAGAGCAGUUCAAGUUAAUCCAGGCAGCGUAUGACGUUCUCAGUGAUCCCCAGGAAAGAGCCUGGUAUGAUAAUCACAGGGAGGCUCUGCUGAAGGGAGGAGUUGACAGAGACUAUCAAGAUGAUAGUUUAGAUCUGCUGCACUACUUCACUGUUAGCUGUUACUCUGGAUAUGGAGAUGAUGAAAAGGGAUUUUUUACAGUCUAUCGACAAGUUUUUGAAAAGAUUGCAAAAGAAGAGAUGGAAUAUAUGACCCAGGAAGAUACUGAAGAAUUCCCUAUGUUUGGAUAUGCCCAAAGUGACUAUGAUACGGUAGUCCACCCUUUCUAUGCAUAUUGGCAGAGUUUCUGUACUCAGAAAAACUUUGCUUGGAAAGAAGAAUAUGACACACGACAAGCCUCAAACCGCUGGGAGAAACGAGCUAUGGAAAAAGAGAACAAGAAAACGAGAGAGAAAGCAAGGAAAGAGAGGAAUGAACUGGUCCGUCAGCUAGUAGCCUUUAUUCGCAAAAGGGAUAAAAGAGUUCAGGCUCACAGAAAACUUGUAGAAGAACAAAAUGCAGAAAAAACUAAGAAAGCAGAGGAAUUUCGGAGGCAGCAGAAGCUCAAACAAGCCAAGCUUGCUGAGCAGUAUAAAGAGCAGAGCUGGAUCACUAUGUCAGAUCUGGAGAGAGAGUUGCAAGAGAUGGAGGCACAAUAUGAAAAGGAAUUUGGAGAUGGAUCAGACGAUGAAGAUGAAGUAGAAGAAGAGGAGACAAAAGGCAUCGAAGACAAACUGAAUGAUGAGACUGAAGAAGCUGAGUUUGUUGAUGGUCUGUACUGCCCUGCUUGUGACAAAUUGUUAAAAACUGAGAAAGCCAUGAAGAAUCACGAAAAAUCAAAGAAGCAUCGAGAGAUGGUAGCACUGUUACGACAGCAACUGGAAGAAGAAGAAGGGAAAUUUCCUGUGUCUUUGGAUGAUGCAAAUGGAAUACAUACCAAAGAGGAGGAAGACGCAGAAGACAUGCCCAAACAGAAACUCUCUAAGAAGCAGAGGAAGAAACAGAAAACAAUGAUGACUUACGAGGACUCUCUUGAUAAAAGUGCUGAUGAAGAAACAGUUGAACAGAAGGAGGUGCCCUGCAUGGACAAGGACAGUGGCUCAGCAGAGGAGUUGAUAAAUGAUGGCCAAAGAUGUGCUGUGCCAGAGGACGCAAGCGCUACAGAAGAUGUCGGCCAAGUGAAUGAAGCAAAAACUGAAGCAAAAAGCAGUACUAAGCCUAAAGGCAAAAAAGCAAAGGAUGCAAAAAAGUCUGCUAAGGCAUCUUCAGAGCACCCAACAACGAAUGAAGUUCCCAUCCACUGUGUAACCUGCAACUGUGCAUUUCCAUCCCGAAAUAAACUGUUUGAACACCUAAAAGCCACAGGACAUGCAAAAGCAACACAAGCGCCAGCUGUAAAUGGAGCUGUAAACACCAGAAACAAAAAAGAGAAACGUAAAAACAGAUAGAACUUUGUUAGUGACAGUCUUCAGAAUCGUACAUGAAAACUCUCCCAAAACUGAAAGGUGCACAUUGCCUGUGUUCGGAGUUAAACAGAGGAGGCAAGUUCUAAUUUGGGGAGAAAAGGAAGAUGCAACAAAAGGAAUAUUAUCUUGUGAAGGAACCUGUGCUUUCUUUUGGUUUUAUCAGCCUUUUUCAUGACUGGAUUUGACCUGCCGUCUCAGCAGCUUUCACAUUGGGGGUGGGGAAAUAGUAAUUCAGAGCUACUCACCUUGCAUUCCUGUUGAAACUUGCACGGAUAAAGUACCCACACACAGGAAAUAAUAAAUUAUUUUAACACUUCUGUUACUGCUUUUCUUUUGUGAGAGGGCUUAGCUCAGGGUGAGUGUAGCCAAUAGAGGGGCCCGUGCUGCUUUGAUCAUCAAAGAUGAAACAUCACCAAGACGUGGAAAAACACAAGCUCUUCUGCCAUCCCCAGAGGCCCUUUCAAAUUACUUAAUUACAUUAAACAGCAAACAGAAGGGAAAGAGUAAGAUGACAAAGCUAGUUAAUCAGUUUGACAAUUCCUGUUGGUUUUGUACAUCCACCUGCAUGCCAGGUGUUGGAAAGAAAAGUCUUGUGGAAGAGCCUUGCUGGAAUAAGUGAAGGGAGAAAUAAAUGAGCGACGUAAAUUAAUUUCUUCUGAUUUCUAAUAAAAACCAACAUGGGAAUUGGUGUUGCACCUCUGUUUAAAUGCAUAAUCUACCUGAUCUUGAAAAGCACUUAAAAAAAAAAAAAAAGGUGGGAUGACGAAGACCUGAUUUUGGAGUGGAAGUGGAUUUUACACAGGAAUUGUCAAUGCAGUUGGAGAAGGCAGUGCCUAGCAAGGGCUGUAGCAGGUUGUUUAGGAAACCCCUAGAGUGUAAUUUUCCGGAAGCACUGAUCCUGCAUUAACUAAGUUUCUCUGAAGUUUCAACUCAUCACACAAAAUGGCAGAAUACUCUCCUUCCCCCACAAGUUGAAGUGGUAUCUUUAUUGGGUCAAGGAAUUAUUCAAAUAUUAAAAUUUGAAUGAAAGUAAAAUGAUAAAUGUACAGUUCUUGCUGACUGUCCACAAUGCCUUUUUUUUUUUGUUGGAAACUGAAGGAGAUAAUGAACUAAAACAUAAAAAAAAGUGAUUAUGUAAGAAAGAAACAUGGCAUGUUAUUUGCAUCUUUGCUAAAUGACUAAUGGGUGUGCUGUGCAAUCCCAAAAGCAGCAGGAGGAAAAGCAUAUUUUGGAGAGGAUGAUGACUGGAUUAGAGCCCCAUGAUAAAAAUAAAUACUGUAAUUAGAAAUAUUUCAACUUCUGUGUGCACACAGAUUUUUUCAUGCUCUAAUUACAGCGUAUCCUUGUAGUAAGGGUAAACAGUUCUAACUCUGUUUGAAACCUCCAGUUAUGUUCUGGUCAGGGUGGUUCUCAGCCAGAGAUUGACCGGGCUUACGUAAGUGAAACCUCACAGACUUAACCCUGCAGUAUUACUUUGUGACUUAAUUUUUUUUCUUAUUUAAAUAAAAACAAGUACUUU